CAGGGCUUCGAUGUGAUGCCUGGCAGAGGCCACACCCACGGGGCCUGUCCGCAGUGUGUGGUUACAACCGACACCGCUGUCGCAACCUCUUCCAGGCAAGGAGGUUCAGGGAAGCGGCCCUGCAGAUCAGACGGGGCGAACGUCACGCUAGUUUCCUUGGCCUCAACGACCCCAGUGAAGGGCAGGAUGGCCAGCGGCAUGGCUGACAGCGCCAACGACCUGCCCUUCUUCUUCGGAAACAUCACCCGCGAGGAGGCGGAAGACUACCUGGUGCAGGGAGGCAUGAGCGAUGGGCUCUACCUGCUGCGCCAGAGCCGCAAUUACCUGGGCGGCUUCGCGCUGUCGGUGGCGCACGGGCGGAAGGCGCACCACUACACCAUCGAGCGCGAGCUGAACGGCACCUACGCCAUCGCCGGCGGCAGGACGCACGGCAGCCCGGCCGAGCUGUGCCGCUACCACUCCCAGGAGUCCGACGGCCUCGUCUGCCUCCUCAAGAAGCCCUUCAAUCGGCCCCCGGGCGUCCAGCCCAAGACCGGGCCCUUCGAGGACCUGAAGGAGAACCUCAUCCGGGAAUAUGUGAAGCAGACCUGGAACCUGCAGGGUCAGGCCCUGGAGCAGGCCAUCAUCAGCCAGAAGCCUCAGCUGGAGAAGCUGAUCGCCACCACUGCCCACGAGAAGAUGCCCUGGUUCCACGGAAAGAUCUCUCGGGACGAAUCGGAGCAGGUUGUCCUGAUAGGCUCGAAGACAAACGGCAAGUUCCUGAUCAGAGCCAGAGACAACAACGGGUCCUACGCCCUGUGCCUGCUGCAUGAAGGGAAGGUGCUGCACUACCGUAUCGACAGGGACAAGACGGGCAAGCUGUCCAUCCCCGAGGGGAAGAAGUUCGACACGCUCUGGCAGCUGGUCGAGCAUUAUUCUUACAAGCCAGAUGGUUUGCUGAGAGUCCUUACGGUUCCGUGUCAGAAAAUCGGCGCGCAGGCGGGAAAUAUCAAUUUUGGAGGUCGUCCGCAACUUCCAAUUUCUCAUCCUGCGACAUGGUCAGCGGGUGGAAUAAUCUCCAGAAUCAAAUCAUACUCCUUCCCAAAGCCUGGCCACAGAAAGGCCUCCCCUUCCCACGGGAGCCGGCCCGAGAGCACCUCCAACCCUUACGAGCUGGACCGAGGGGCCUGGCCUGCAGACAGAGGCCCCCAGAGGGAAGCCUUGCCCAUGGACACAGAAGUGUACGAAAGCCCCUACGCAGACCCUGAAGAGAUCAGGCCCAAAGAGGUCUAUCUGGACCGGAAGCUGCUGACUCUGGAAGACAAGGAACUGGGCUCUGGGAACUUUGGGACUGUGAAAAAGGGCUACUACCAGAUGAAGAAAGUCGUGAAGACAGUGGCUGUGAAGAUCCUGAAAAACGAGGCCAAUGACCCGGCCAUGAAGGACGAGCUGCUGGCGGAGGCGAAUGUCAUGCAGCAGCUGGACAACCCCUACAUCGUGCGCAUGAUCGGCAUCUGCGAGGCCGAGUCCUGGAUGCUGGUGAUGGAGAUGGCCGAGCUCGGCCCGCUCAACAAGUACCUGCAGCAGAACAGGCACGUCAAGGACAAGAACAUCAUCGAGCUGGUGCAUCAGGUCUCCAUGGGGAUGAAGUACCUGGAGGAGUGUAAUUUCGUGCACAGGGACUUGGCCGCGAGAAACGUGUUGCUGGUCACUCAGCACUACGCCAAGAUCAGCGAUUUCGGACUUUCCAAAGCCCUUCGUGCCGAUGAAAACUACUACAAGGCCCAGACCCACGGGAAGUGGCCCGUGAAGUGGUACGCCCCCGAGUGCAUCAACUACUACAAGUUCUCCAGCAAGAGCGACGUGUGGAGCUUCGGCGUGCUCAUGUGGGAGGCGUUUUCCUACGGGCAGAAGCCGUACCGGGGCAUGAAGGGGAGCGAAGUCACUGCCAUGCUGGAGAAAGGAGAGCGGAUGGGGUGCCCGCCCGGCUGCCCGCGGGAGAUGUACGACCUGAUGAACCUGUGCUGGACGUACGAGGUGGAGAACCGGCCUGGGUUUGUGGCGGUGGAGCUGCGGCUGCGUAAUUAUUACUACGACGUGGUUAACUGACAGCUCCCGAGCCUGUGUGUGCCCUCCAUCUGACGGCAGCCAGCAGAUACUGAGAUGAAGUGAUCGUUGUCCCCUCCCCUCUGCCAGCUGGGAACGUCCCGGACUGCUCCUCGCCGCCUGACUGGACACGCCUUCACCGCACAACGUCCCAGGAGCGGGAUCGAAAGGGCCCUGGGAAGCCUUUGUUUUUCUUGUCUAUGUAGCUUUCGUGACUGGUCAUUUAUAGGACCUGCUUCUAAAUUCCUUUGGAUUCUUUCCAGUUGUUCGGGUCCGAUCCAGGCGGUAUGGAGCACACUCACCCGACACAGCCUCUUCCCAGGGUCCGAGGGUGCAGUGAGACCUGAGCGACUCCGGAAAUGGUGCGCAGAGAGAGAACGGUCUGUCUGCCUCCAGGACAUGGCUCCGGCAGCCUGCAAGACCGAUCCUUGCCACUAAAAAGUGCUUUGAGGCUCAAAAAUAAAUCAAGUCUGAUCAGUGCCA